AUGGCAGGAGUGCAUUGGACCACGGCCCAUAUGUUUGACACCAUCUUUAGGCAGGUCUACAACAGCCCCGAGCUCAACAACGUUGUGUGGUUCUCGGUGCUGGGGAACCAUGACUAUGGCGGCUGGCUCUUUACCGCAGGCUGGGAUCAGCAGAUUGCCUUCACUUGGCAUGACCAGAGGUGGAGGCUGCCAGCACAGUACUGGAAGCAGCACGUUGCAUUUCCGGAACAGAGUUUCACGAUAGACAUCUUGCUGACGGAUUCAAACGUCGAGGACGCAGUGGACCCGGCAGCAAGACCCACGACGAACAUCUGCGGUUGUCAACAUAACUCUCCUGGGUCCAGCUGUGCAAGCGUCGGUGGGCCGGUCUCCAUGGCAGAUUGUCCAAUGUACUUCGCCAAGCUGUGGCAGGAGCAGAUCGUUUGGGUCGAGAAACAGCUUAAGGCCUCGCAGGCCACAUGGCAAGUGAUAGUUACCCACUUCCCGUGUGGACAUCAGCCUGCGUGGUACAACAGAUUGCAUGUUGAAUUCGGUCUGGACUUCUUGGUCACCGGGCACACGCAUAUUCAACAUACGAUUCAGCUCGGAGGCUUGCUCUGCGUCAUCUCAGGAGGCGGCGGGGGCAUCUUGUCAGAGUCUGCGUCUCAUGGUGAUGAUAGCAACAGUUACGGUUUCUACGAUGCCACCAUCAACAGGACUCACCUGGUGGUGGAGUCCAUCAAUUUCGCGGGUGCAGCGCUUACACCGAGAACCAGCACAAAGUAG